GUCCUCCGGUCAACACAGAGUAGAAGAAGAAGAACAACAAGAUGGCGGAACGAGGCUACAGUUUCUCCCUCACCACAUUUAGCCCUUCGGGUAAGCUGGUCCAGAUUGAAUAUGCCCUGGCUGCUGUGGCCGCCGGAGCUCCUUCAGUGGGCAUCAAAGCUUCCAAUGGAGUUGUCCUGGCAACAGAGAAGAAACAAAAGUCCAUUCUGUAUGACGAGCAGAGUGUCCAUAAAGUGGAGCCCAUCACCAAACACAUAGGCAUGGUCUACAGCGGCAUGGGGCCUGACUACAGGGUUUUAGUGCGACGAGCCCGAAAGUUGGCACAACAGUACUUCCUGGUUUACCAGGAGCCAAUCCCCACAGGUCAGCUUGUCCAGAGAGUGGCUUCUGUAAUGCAGGAGUACACACAGUCUGGUGGGGUGCGUCCGUUUGGUGUUUCAUUGCUGAUAGCUGGAUGGGAUGAAGACCAACCCUACCUGUUCCAGUCAGACCCCUCUGGUGCAUACUUUGCAUGGAAAGCCACAGCCAUGGGAAAGAACUACGUUAAUGGAAAAACAUUCCUUGAAAAAAGGUAUAACAAUGAUCUGGAGUUGGAAGACGCCAUCCACACAGCCAUCUUGACAUUGAAGGAGAGUUUUGAGGGUCAGAUGACAGAGGAGAACAUUGAGGUGGGGAUCUGCAACGAGGCCGGCUUCAAGAGACUCACCCCAGCGGAGGUGAAAGACUACCUGGCAGCCAUUGCGUGAACACACCCUCCCUGAUGAGAGGGCUCUCUGGCCACAUUUCAAGACCUAACAGCACAGUAGCCAACAGUGUCACGUCACAUUAUUGUAAACCAGUUAUUCUGACAGCUUGGCCACAUUGUGUUUCUGUCCUGAAAACAUAAGAGGACGCUCUCUAUAACUUCACUAUAAUAAAAAAUAUGAAUGUGAGCUGGUAGAAUCAGACAGCCUGUUUGGGAAUAUGCCCAGAUCCAAUUUACUUGAAAUGACAGCCUUUGUGUGUGCAAAGCUCAAGUGGCUGCCACUCACAACUGAACUGACCAAACUCCAUUUGUUGCUGUGAGAUGGCAAACUCAUUCGAUCACAUAACUAAUUGGCUUUUUUUUUUGUCAAACACAUACCCUGGAUCUGUGAAAUGUUGCUGUUGGCUGCUGUGCAUAUGGAAAGGAAUGUGGCCUCUGAUGAGUGAAAUCUCAAGUCUUUCAUUGAAUCCUUCAAUUUUCUAAUUUCUCAUUACUGUUCCAAAGGCAAUCGGAUAACAGGCCAAGCACUGUUGCUUUAUGCAUGUAUGCAAAAUGUGAUUACUUGUAACCGUUGUGACAGAUGUCCUUUGGUUUACCAAAAUUCAUUAACAUUACAAUGGUAAUGAGGCUAACAGUUAUUAAAGACAAGGAAGAGCAUUCAGAGGAUGCAAUGGAAAGCUUUGCGAUUUUACAGUUAGGAUCUGGUUGCCUGUACAGCAGUUUUACACAGUGUACUUUUUUUCAGGCUAGAAACAAUUCUAGAGUUUGUAUUUUCUCUUCUGGUAUCUGUCACUUAUUCAAAUAAAAGAUGAGCUGAUAUUGGA